AGCAAGCCAAUGAGUGGAGCGCAGAUUUUAAACGCAAAAAACCAACUUCACUUCCCAUUUCCUAGUCUUCCACGAUGACUCCCCUCCACUUCUUCCUCCUCCUCCUCCUUUCGUCAGCUGCUUUAAUCUCCGCCGCCGCCGCCACCACCGCAUAUCCUUCCAUCCCUGGCACCGAUUCCACAACUGAUUGUGGCCUAUCCGGAGGAGACGAGAAUCCAGUUCCCAUCCGUCGCGAAGUCUACGGUAACGGCAAGAUAUUCGACAUCAGCCAUAGGUACACCGUCGACAUGCCGUCUUGGGAAUCCAAGGACGGCGUAGGACAGUUCCUAUGGUUGCCUAAAAGCAUGAAGAACGGUUCCCUCGCUAAUAAUUCGGAGAUGAAACUCCCAACUCACACCGGCACCCACCUUGACGCUCCCGGACACGUCAUCGAUCGGUACUUCGAUGCCGGCUUCGAUGUCGAUACCCUAGAUUUGGAAGUACUUAAUGGUCCUGCCCUGUUGAUAGAUGUUCCAAGGGAUAAAAACAUUACUGCUGAGGUUAUGGAGUCUUUGAAAAUACCAAAGGGAGUACGUAGAGUUCUUUUCAGAACAUUAAAUACUGACAGGCGGCUAAUGUUCAAGAAAGAGUUUGAUACAAGCUACGUUGGAUUUAUGAAGGAUGGAGCAGAGUGGUUGGUUAAACACACUGACAUCAAAUUUAUUGGAAUUGAUUACUUAUCUGUUGCUGCCUUUGAUGAUUUGAUUCCAUCUCAUAUAGUUUUCCUAGAAGGCCGGGAUAUCAUUCUUGUGGAAGGUUUAAAACUCGAUGAUGUUCAACCUGGAAUAUAUUCAGUCCAUUGCUUACCAUUAAGAUUGCUUGGUGCUGAAGGAUCACCAACUAGAUGCAUUCUCAUCAAAUGAUGUUGUUGUCCUUGGGCAAUGAUGAUGCUAAUGGCACACCGUCGUCUUAUUAGGCAUGUUGUUUGGAAAGAGGUAAUGGGCGGGUGACAUUACCGGUGGUGUUUGAUUGGAACAAGGCAAAUAACGGGUUUAUGAGUUAGAACUUGACGCUGUUAGGAAUCCUAGAAGGGAGCUUCAGUAUAGAAAUUUAGUUGCAGUGAACUACACUUUUUGUGUAAUAUAUCGUUAUGAUAUUUCUUUUAAGUUCUCUUUUAUUUCAUAAAUAAUAAUAUACUUACGCCA